CACAACUGGAGCGCAGACCGUCCCAAAGCUUUGCUGCUGCUUCAGUGCUCCAUCACUUCAGUGACUGCUCCUUCGUGUCUCAAUGUAAAUUAACUACGCCGGCGACCUUCUAGGUCGCAUUGUAUAUUACAAAGACAUUUUUAGGUAAACCUCUCGUGUCGUCGAAACAUAUUUCUAUCACCAAGGAAACUUCCAAGCAGCUGUGGCUAAGUUUCCGUCGAGCGGUCGGUGUAGUGAAGAAUGCGUUAGCUCGUUCAGCUAGCAGCAGCUUUCUUAUUCGGGGUUUCCAGCAUCAGGAGUGAGCUAGCACUGAGAUUCGUUGGGCUUUAAAUGGUUUUUGUGCCUCCAAACGGGAUCUGACCCUUAUGGAUUAGCCGAACGAUUUUUGUCUCGUAAAUGAACGGAGGAUAUCGGAAAAGGUUCAGUUUAAGUGCCUGAGCUGUCGCGAGGAUGAGCAGCAAGCGGAGCUUGUUCGUGCGGCUGGUGCCGUGCCGCUGCCUGCGGGGCGAGGAAGAGCCCAUCACCUCGCUGGAUUACUCGCACUGCAGCCUGGAGCAAGUCCCUAAAGAGAUCUUCAGCUUCGAGAAGACACUGGAGGAGCUCUACCUCGACGCCAACCAGAUUGAGGAGCUGCCCAAACAACUUUUCAACUGCCAGUUGCUGCAGCAUUUGAGUCUACCGGACAACGAUCUAACGGUCCUGCCACCGGGCGUGGCAAACCUCAUCAAUCUCAGGGAGCUGGACAUCAGCAAGAACAGCAUCCAAGAGUUUCCUGAAAAUAUCAAGAACUGCAAAGUCCUGGCAAUAGUAGAAGCAAGUGUGAACCCAAUAUCCAAGCUCCCAGAAGGUUUCACACAGCUGCUCAGUCUGACCCAGCUCUACCUGAACGAUGCCUUCCUCGAGUUCCUGCCAGCCAGCUUCGGCAGACUGACCAAACUGCAGAUCCUGGAGCUGCGGGAGAAUCAGCUAAAGAUGUUGCCAAAGAGCAUGCAUAAGCUCACGCAGCUGGAGCGCUUGGAUCUGGGGAGCAAUGAGUUCACUGAAGUGCCUGAGGUUUUGGAGCAGCUCAGUGGAAUCAGAGAGCUGUGGAUGGAUGGAAACAAAUUGACGUUUUUACCAGGGAUGAUCGGGGCGCUGAAGCAGCUCUGCUACCUGGACGUGUCUAAAAACAACUUGGAGAUGGUUGAUGAGAAGAUAUCGGGCUGUGAAAACCUGCAGGAUCUUCUGUUGUCCAACAAUGCUUUGACGCAGCUGCCAGGGUCUAUAGGUUCACUAAAGAGACUGUCUUCUCUGAAGGUGGACGAUAACCAGCUCAUGUACCUCCCUGAUGCGAUAGGAGGUCUUUCCGCUCUGGAAGAGCUGGACUGCAGUUUCAAUGAGAUCGAAGCGCUGCCCUCCUCCAUCGGCCAGUGUGUCAACCUACGAACGUUUGCUGCCGACCACAACAUGCUCACACAUAUGCCUUCAGAGAUGGGCUGCUUGAAGAACGUCACUGUGCUCUUCCUGCACUCCAACAAGCUGGAGUUUCUGCCGGAGGAGAUGGGCGACAUGCUGAAGCUCAAGGUCAUCAAUCUCAGCGACAACAAGUUGAGAAAUCUUCCAUACAGUUUCACCAAGCUCAACCAGAUGACUGCAAUGUGGCUGUCUGAAAAUCAGUCCAAGCCGCUGAUUCCCCUGCAGAAAGAGGAGGAUCCAGAAUUGCACAAGACCGUUCUCACCAACUACAUGUUUCCUCAACAGAGCCGAACUGAGGAGUAUGUGCCCAACUCGGACAGCGAAAGCUUUAACCCGUCUCUAUGGGAGGAGCAACGCAAGCAGCGGGCACAAGUGGCAUUUGAGUGUGACGAGGACAAAGAUGAGAGAGAGACGCCCACGCGGGAGGGCAAUCUGAAGCGAUACCCCACGCCAUACCCCGAUGAGCUGAAGAACAUGGUAAAAACAGCCCAGUCUGUGGCUCACAGACUCAAAGAGGAUGAGUCCAGUGACGAAGCAGGAAAGGAGACCAGGGUCACCGAGAGAAACCAUAUCGGCGUGCAGGAUGUUGGAGUGAAGGUGAUUGAAGGUCCAUGCGCUAAUGGAAAAGCUGUUGAGAUGGAGCCCUUGAACAGCCAACAAAAUCAUGAACCACGAGAUGUAGUGGACUACAGUGUUGAAAGGAUCCCUUUAAAGGCAUCAGACAACAUGAGAACUAUGGUUAACCACGAUGACACUCUCGAGGACUCAGAGGAGCUGUCGUCCGAGGAAGACGAAAUGAAGAUGGCUGAGAUGAGACCUCCGCUCAUCGAGAUCUCCAUUAACCAGCCUAAAGUAGUGGCCUUGAGCAAAGACAAAAAGGAUGAUGGAAAGGAUGCAGACUCUUUGCUGGAUGACACAGUGGCCAACAGCAACCAGAACAACAGCAACUGCUCAUCACCCUCGCGCAUGUCUGAUUCAGUGUCAUUAACCACAGACAGCAGUCAGGACAAUUCCCUCUGCACUCCAGAAAGAGAGUCCAAGAUGCCCCUUGUCCCUAAGAACAGGCAAGAGGAUGAGAACCUGAACCAGUUGAAGCAGACCACCCCACUCCUUCAGAACGGCAAUGGUUCAGAUAUGUCCCUGCAGACCAUCCUGAAGAACCAGCAAACUUAUGAAAGCAAAUCGGACAAGAUGGCCGACUACAGCCUCUCCAUGGAGGAGAGGCUUGCCUUUAUUGAGAAGGGUAUUAACAAUGGCAUGGCGGACCAGUACAGCAGGUGGGAUCAGAUCAACAUGAACGUGGCCAAACUACCACCUGACAACAUGUUGUCGUACGAGGACCUGGAAAGGACCAAAGUCUCCUCGGCUAAGGAAUCUAUGUCAAGCAACAACAAUGCCUCGGCGGUAUCGCUUGAGAACCUUGAGAAUGGGAAUAGGCUUCAAAAAACCCAGUCGGGGGAGAAUUUUAACGGACGCACAGAUCAGGUUCCUUUGAGGUAUGAAACCGCUAGGACCGUCUCGACAGGCGUAACAGCGCUGAGCGACAUGAGUCUUUCUCGUAGCACGGAGGAGCUGUCACCAGAGAAGAAGUGUCCUCCACCCCCUGUUGUGAAAUCUCAGAGUGUCACCAACAUGGACACUGGUGGAAUGAGGCUGUACUCCAUCGAGGGUGAAAGCCCCCCUUACGAGGUUGCUUGCUCGGCCAGAACGUCUGUAACCGGUGCUCAGGGCCAGAGCAUCGUUCGAUCAAAAUCCGCUUCUUUGCUUAACGACCAACCAUUGCAGAUCUACCCCGGUUCUUCUGCUUCCUCCUCUGACCUACUGUCUGGCUCCAAACCUUCAGCUAGCAACGUCCGUUACGCUGCUGGGCCCCCGCCACAGUACAACAUUCAGUACGCCAGUAGCGCCGUGCCCAAAGACAAUCUAUGGAGCCCACGUACCCCCAUUCCGCCCGAUCAACCGUACCUGCCUCCGCAGCAUUCCUUGGCCAACACCAACUACUCCAACCGUAACAACGCACCUCCCUAUCCUCAGCCCCAACAGCGUGGCCCACCUAAGACCCCAGACAUGUGGGCAAAGGAAAGAAUGCUUCCAUCUGGCGGACAGCGUGGCACCUUGCAAAGACAAGGUAGCGGAUCUGGUGCCCCUGUGUGCAUAACGGACCCACGUCGCAUGCCGGGAAUGGAGGGAGAGUAUAUGACCUACAGGGAUAUUCACGCGGCAGGCCGUGGACCCCUUCAGAUGAGCCAGGCUCUCCAUAGACCACUGUCAGCUCGCACGUACAGCAUGGACAGCCCUAACGCUCCCCGGCCUCAAAGCGCCCGGCCCCCACCGCACGAGCUUCCGGAGAGGACCAUGUCUGUCAGCGACUUCAACUACCAGCAUGGCAGCCCCGGAAAACGGCCCAACAUGAGGGUAAAGUCCGAGCACUCGCUGCUGGAUGGUCCGGUUGGGGGAGGCGGCAGGGUUCCAGCCGACUGGAGAGAUCAUGUCAUGAGGCACAUUGAAUCCAAGAAAAUGGAGAAGAGAGGUCUUUCUCGGUCUUUGGCCACUCUCAAUGGCAGUCAGAUAUCUCUGGCCUUUAGCGUUGUAGACGAACGGCGGUUUGGAGCUCGUUGGCCCAGCGAUGAUGUUUUUAGUCCUCAUGGACAGCAAGGCUAUCAUAUCGACACUCUCAGAAAAGUGCCUUUGAUGAAUGGCCAAAUGUGUCCUCCGGGGAGACCUCCAAUGAACUGCGGUCAGCCACCAGUAGCGCGCCACCCAUCCAGAGAGCAACUCAUCGACUACCUGAUGCUCAAAGUAUCCCAGAACCCCCAGGGCCCUCCGCGAGUCUCUCAUGAGACAAUGCAACAGGAGCUCCAUGUAAAGAUCGAGAAGAACCCUGAGCUUGGUUUCAGCAUAUCAGGUGGAGUCGGUGGCCGUGGAAAUCCCUUCCGCCCAGAUGAUAACGGUAUAUUUGUGACUAGGGUUCAGACAGAAGGACCUGCUUCAAAGAUCCUUCAACCUGGAGACAAAAUCCUCCAGGCAAACGGGUACAGCUUCGUCAAUAUCGACCACGGACACGCAGUGUCUCUCCUGAAGACCUUCCCCAGCAUCGUCGAUCUAAUCAUCGUUCGAGAGAUGGCAGCAUAGAUGUAUCUGAAUGUUCACCGUCAUAUUCCAGUGCUAUAAUAGUCAAUCUGAACAAGUGUUUGUCCACUGUCGUUAUAAGGGGCAGAACCACUGCAUCCAGUGGGAGACGGACACCGUCUGGAGCAUGCGUCUUAAAAAUGUAUGCCUUCACUGUGGGAUAGCCUGUUGGUGUUGUCCGACCAAUAUGAAAACCUGUGCUUUUUGUAAAGAUAGUUUUUUCCUUUUUUUUUUUUUUUAAACCUGCAUAGAGUUUAAGUGGGACAGUAGGUGUAGCUGACCUUUUGAGGGCAGGGCUCUCUACCAUAUCUCACUAUUUUUUAUUUUAUUUUUAAAUUUUUAAACCACUUUCAUGACCUGUGUGAGAUUUUGAACUAGUGGACAAUGCUACGUGCUUACUGUGCAAACGAAUGUAGAAUUUGGGUAUUCUGAACUUGAUGUGAAAUUCGUUUUUGUUGGCCUGGUGGAUAAAAUGCCCAUUAUUUCCUCAUCUGGAUGACAAGCUCACUGAUAAACGCUAUCAGCGGUUAUAUCUUCUCGACUUGAUCUCCUGUCCAGUCCUUCAGGAAUGUUCCUCUAUUAAAACAAGAGUCUUUUUCAUCACCGCUUACUUGUAUUGAUCAAAAAUUAGCCCAGAUGCCACCUUGUAAGGAUAUGCUGAAAUGCUUCCCGUACGUGAACCGUGGAUGGGAACGCGGUUAAGAGAAACUUCCAUGAAGAUUUGAAAAUAGAUGAGACUAUACAGCCUUGCUGAAAGACGUGGGAUAUGAAAGUGGUGCAAGCUAUCUUAACCAAAGCAUGCUGGGACAUUGUGCCUGGGCGACACUGCUGGCGUAGGUGGGAGAGAAUUUGGUGGCCACCUAAUUCCAAUGCCCACUAAACUAUUUGGAAGCACUCCUGGUGUUCACGCUUAAAAGACUUGUUGGUAUCGAAAUGGUUUUCUAUUCUGUAAAAAAGAAUGGUUAUAUUUUAUUCUCCUACGAAACAUCCUAACGUUUGUGUAGUGUUUCAAUCACGGAUGUUUUCUUUAGGGGGCUUUGAUGCAGGGCUAAGGAAACGACAUGUCAAGUGCCAUAGACCCUGAACUGUCACAAUGGGUUCGACCCAGAGCAAUACUCACUGAUCUACGCCGUGUAUUCAGUGGCCUUAUCGGGCUGACAUAUGACACAGCGGGCGUAAGAGCAAUAGAAAGUCAUUUAAUUCCAUUCGCAACAUGCAGUCGGCUGCGUUUUUUAUAAUAGAGAAAACUCAUUUAGUAUUUCUUGAUUGAUACAGCAUUUUAUAUUGUAAAUCUUUGAUGAGAACAUAGGAAAUGGCAUUUGUAAAAAAAAAAGAGUUCGUAAAGUCUAAACAAUGUGAGAAUGAAUGUCUUGUCGUGUCCUCCUCCAUUAGCGAUUGCACUGCUGUUUUCGAAAAGACCUACAAGAUUAUCGUCACCAGUGUAUGUGAAUACAACGACAUCAGCUUCUUUGGUUGUAAAAAAUUGGAAAAGCUACAAAGAUUUGUAAAAUGUUAAUUGUAAUGUUUGUAUUUGAAAAAGUAGUUAAGUUCAAAGGCCACGAAUGCUUUUUCCAAUGUGUACACGCAAUGAGAACGACAAACGUUUGACUUCGCUUAUUUGCAUGACAUUUUGAUUGUUUUACACUGUAUUCUUCGCUAGACUGGAGCGCUAAAUGAAUUGAAGUAAUCAGCAUACUGACAAUGUGACAAAUCCACAAUUUACACGGAUGUGAAAGAGCACUGUCACCACAUUUUUAAAGACCUCAAUGCUUUUUAAUUUAAAUACUUUUCAUGCAAAUCAUUUUUAAAUCAAAAUAGUCCGAUUUUUAUUUUUAUUUUGUAGUAUUGAUCCUAGCAGUUUGAAUUGAAAUGAAUUUGCCACAUUUUAAGUUGAUGAUUUAAUUUAGUCAUAAAAACAACUGUAACAAAACUUAAGUUGACUGUGAAAUGAUUCUGAUGUCACAAUACAUUUAUUAUUUUUUUUGUGGAUGCAUUUUGUCAUGAGUCAGUCUGGUGUAGAUCAAUUUGACUGUCAUGCUUUUUGUUUCGUCUGCAAAAAUGUAAUUUUACUCUAUCAAAAGGUUGUUUUUAUCGUCCCACCUUUUAUUUAUUUAGUACAACACCUUUUUAGUGAUUACUAAUCAAAAAUGUAAAUACUUUUUCAAAGGAUUGAUUUAUUCAUGGCAUUAGUGAUUGUUUUAAAACCAGCAAUAAUUUGCAUCACAAAGCAGCCCUUUUAAUGUAUAGCUAUGUCGAAGGUUUCUCUGGAAGCAGCUACUAUUAAAAACGAUUGGUAUGCAUUUAUUCAACAUUCCAGAUUUUGUAAAUAAUUUUGCUUUCCAUGAUGGUCCCUGGAAAGAAUAAAUCAACUAAUGCUCUUUCAAAAAGCUAUCGGUUUAUCUUUAUUCUUCAAGACUUCUGUUCAUUAUUUAAUUAUGAGAUUGGGAGCAACAAAAUAUCAUUUCAAUAUUUGACAUGACCUUGCUAUAUCAAGGUUAUAUAUUUUCACAAAAUGUGUUUUACAUUAUGUAAGAUGAUUUUAACUUCAGCUGGGUUUUCACAGACUGAGUCACAUUUUUAGCAGUGAUACAUACAGAUCACUUGACAUCUCACUCUGUUAGCUCAGUCAUUAAUCAAUGUUAAUGAAUCAAAACCAGUUACUGUUAGUAAAUAAAUGUGCUUUCAUUUCUUUA